AAAAUUCCUUAGUCCCUACUAAUAAAGCUUCUCUCUUCUUCUGCCAAGAAUCUCUCUUUCUUUCUCUUUUUCCCUUUUUCCCUUUUUCCAGCCUUCCCAUUUUCCCUCCACAACUAUGGCUUCUUUAACUAUCACAAAAAGUCACCUUCAGAUUUUGUAUAAUAAUCAAAAGAUCAAAAAUAAAUUUAAAGUGUCGGUUUCUAUAUUUUGACUGACACUGAAACCCCAUCUUCCUUCAUGUAGAUAUAACUAAUUUUCUAUCAAGAAUAAUUAAAACAAACAAAACAAGCUAAUUGGGUUUCAAGUCUACACCAAAAUAAUUACAAAUUAUGGUUGCUUGUCCUUGAAACUUUCUAAAAUUUCUUUUUUUUUUUCCUAAAUAUUUCUUAAAGAAAAGAAUUUUGCAUAAAAUUUCUUUUUUCAAAGUUCUAUGAUUGAUGUUUUGAGCUUUAUUUUCAUAAAUAUUCCAUUGUUUCCUUCUUUGCUAAGGUGGGUAGGAGUAGUUUUUUAUUUAUUUUGCUGUUGCAGCUGCUGGAUUCUGGUUAGUUGUUCAUCUACCUUUUUCUUUACAGUACCCUCGAUUUGAAAAUUCUGGAUCCGCCACUGCAGUUUAAUGGAGUUCAAACUUCAAAGACAAGUGAAUUUUCCAAGCUAACCCUGAACUACAGUGCUAGUGCAUGGAAGAUCCAAAUAUUUGUGCAUCUCCAAAUUGUCUCAUAAUUGAGAAAAAAUGGCAAAGGGACUCAGGCAACCACUAAUCUUUCUUCUACUAGUGGUUUCAAUCCAAAUUUCAGUGUCAGUGAAGCUACAUUCGUCACAAGUAGAGACUCUUGUGAGAAUUCGAUCACUUCUGAACUUCCCUUCUUUUUUAAGCAGCUGGAAUAAGAAAACAAGCUUUUGUAACUUGGAUCCAUCCCCGUCUGUCACUGUCGUAUGCUAUGGAAAUAAUGUCACUCAACUUCAUAUAGCUGGAAAUAAAGGAGCUCCAAAAUUGCCUCAUAAUUUCUCAAUUGAGUCAUUAGUCACUGCCCUUGUUAAGUUACCUAACUUGAAGGUUCUUACUUUGGUUUCCCUAGGUUUAUGGGGUCCAUUACCUGCAAGAAUAGGGCUGUUAUCUUCACUUGAGAGGCUUAACAUAAGCUCAAAUUUUUUCUAUGGUAACAUCCCGGAAGAAAUCUCAUCUCUGACAAACCUCCAAGGUAUCGUACUGGAUAAUAAUGGGUUUAGUGGUCAACUUCCAGAUAAAAUGGGAUCAUUUCCUGCUCUGAAUGCUCUCAGUUUGAGGAACAACUCUUUCAAUGGGUCAUUACCAAAGAGUGUAAGCAAAUUGGGCGGUCUCAGAGUUCUUACACUGGCAAAUAAUCAUUUUUACGGAGACAUACCUGAUCUUACAGGGUUAGAGAACCUUGAAGAGCUCGACUUGGAGAAUAACUCAUUUGGACCUGAUUUCCCUCAGCUUAAGAACAAAUUAGUGACACUUAUCAUCAGAAAUAACAAGUUUAGGUCCGCUAUCCCUGCUGAAAUUAGUUCAUAUUAUCAACUCCAAAAGCUGGACAUUUCUUCAAAUAAAUUUAUGGGCCCGUUUCCUGUAUCAUUGUUAUCUCUACCCUCGAUCAACUAUCUGAACAUUGCAGGAAACAAGUUCACUGGACUGCUUUCUAAAAUUAUAUCUUGCAAUGGUGCACUUAAUUAUGUGGACUUGUCAUCCAAUCUCUUGACAGGCGACUUACCUGACUGCCUUCAAUCAAACUCCAAGAAGCAAUUUGUUCAUUAUGAAGGAAAUUGCUUAAAUUCGGUAGAUAAUAGCCAGCAUCCAUAUUCCUUCUGCCGAAAUGAAGCUUUGGCUGCUGGGAUAGUAGAUUCCCACAAGAAAAAAGAUCGAACAAGGAGAACUGUCUUAGCUUCAUGCAUAGUUGGUGGAGUGAUAGUUUUCGUUGUCUUUAUCAUUCUGGUUGUCUGGCUCUUUAAAGUAGUUCAUGCGAAGAAGAAACUUGACGCUCGCCCACCUAGAGUAAUCUCUGAAAAGGCUUCAACAGGAUUCACAUCAAAGCUUCUUACUGAUGCAAGAUAUAUAUCAAAGACUAUGAAGCUUGGGGCACUUGGCAUUCCAGCAUAUCGGACAUUUUCUUUGGAAGAACUUGAGAUUGCUACAAAUAAAUUUGCUUCAGCCGCAUUUAUGGGAGAAGGAUCUCAAGGUCAGAUGUAUAGGGGUCAGCUGAAUGAUGGUUCUCUUGUUGCCAUCAGAUGCCUGAAGCUAAAAGAAAAUCACCCUAUCGAAUACCUGAUGCCUCACAUAGAACUAAUAUCUAAGCUUCGACACCACCAUUUAGUCAGUUCAAUAGGUCAUUGUUUCGAGUAUUACUUGGAGGAUUCGAGUGUUAGCAGAUUAUUCCUUGUAUUUGAAUAUGUACCAAAUGGAACACUAAGGAGUUGGAUCUCAGCUGGACGUGCCAGAAGAAAGCUCACAUGGUCGCAACGUAUAGCAGCUUCGAUCGGAAUUGCGAAAGGAAUCCAGUUUCUUCAUGCAGGGAUGACGCCUGGCAUUUUUUCAAACAACCUUAGAAUAACAGACAUUUUAAUAGACCAAAACAUGGCUGCUAAAAUCAGCAGUUAUAACCUUCCAUUGUUGGCUGAGAAUAUGGGAAAUAUUUCUCAUGCAGCUUCAACAAAGUCGAAAGAGGUUCACAUGAGGAUUGAACACGAAGAUAAGAUGGAUGUUUAUGAUUUUGGCGUAAUAUUACUGGAAAUGCUCAUGGGAAUGCAAAUUAAAACAAGGAGUGAGCUCAACGCAUUGAGAAACCAGGUACAAGCGAGCCUUGCAGCAGAUGAAGCAGCUCGUAGGAAUAGUGUGGCUGAAGAAAUCCAGAACACCUGCUCUGAUGAAUCACUUAAGACGUUGAUGGAAAUAUGUGGUAGAUGUUUGUCGAAAGACCCUAGCCUGAGACCAUCUGUCGAGGAUGUACUGUGGAACUUGCAGUUUGCUUCUCAGGUUCAGGAAGCAUGGCAAGGCGGAGAGUCACGAAGCAGCAGAGGCAGUUCCCCUGGCUCGCCCUCGCCUCCUCCAGUCUCAAAGCUAAGGUUCACCAUACACUAACCAGCUGGAAGUACAACUUCAUGUGACUACCAUUAUACUUGACCAUAUAGAAAGUAAACAAUCAGUUGCAUCUCACCUUCUUAUAGUUUUGUUGUUCACUUGAAUAUUUGGAAGUACAAAUCUAAAGGACAGUGUAUGUCCAUAAAUAUGUCUA